AUGGGGCCCAAGACACCCCCACAGCUCCCUGGGAAAUGGCAAGUGCUGUGCAUGUUAUCCUUGUGCUGCUGGGGCUGGGUGUCUGGGCAGCUUCGUUAUUCAGUGGUGGAGGAGUCUGAGCCGGGGACGCUGGUUGGGAAUGUUGCUCAGGAUCUAGGCUUAAAGGUGACAGAUCUGUCGAGCCGCCGACUGCGGUUGGGCUCUGAGGAGAACGGGCGCUAUUUUUCCCUGAGCUUGGUGAGUGGUGCUCUGGCAGUGAAUCAGAAGAUUGAUCGUGAGAGCCUGUGUGGAGCUAGUACUAGCUGCCUGCUGCCAGUACAGGUGGUGACUGAACACCCCCUGGAACUAAUCCGUGUAGAGGUACAGAUCCUGGAUCUCAAUGACAACUCUCCUAGCUUUGCCACCCCAAAACGAGAGAUGCGCAUCUCUGAAUCAGCUGCACCUGGGGCUCGAUUCCCACUGGAUAGCGCCCAGGAUCCAGAUGUGGGCACCAAUACUGUAAGCUUCUACACUCUAAGCCCCAAUGGCCACUUCUCUUUGAAUGUGAAGAACCUAAAAGAUGGGAAGCUGUUCCCAGAACUGGUGCUAGAGCAGCAGCUGGACCGUGAAACCCAGGCAAGACAUCAGCUGGUGCUCACUGCUAUGGAUGGGGGCACCCCAGCCCGCUCAGGAACCACCCGUAUUUCUGUCAUCGUGCUGGAUGUCAAUGACAAUGCUCCAACCUUCCAGUCCUCAGUCCUGCGUGUUGGACUCCCAGAGAAUGCACCCAUAGGUACACUGCUGCUUAGCCUCAAUGCCACCGAUCCAGAUGAGGGCACCAAUGGCCAACUAGACUAUUCUUUUGGGGAUCACACAUCGGAGGCAGUGCGAAAUCUCUUUGGCCUAGACCCCAGCAGUGGAGCAAUCCAUGUAUUGGGUCCCAUAGACUUUGAGGAUUCAAGUUUCUAUGAAAUUCAUGCAAGAGCUCGUGAUCAGGGGCAGCCAGCCAUGGAGGGCCACUGUGUGAUUCAAGUGGAUGUCGGGGAUGCCAAUGACAAUGCCCCAGAGGUGCUACUGGCCUCUUUGGUCAACCCAGUCCUGGAGAACACAUCAGUGGGCACAGUAGUGGGGUUGUUUAAUGUGCGGGACCGAGACUCAGGUAGAAAUGGUGAAGUGAGCCUUGAUAUCUCUCUGGACCUGCCAUUUCAGAUUAAACCUUCUGAAAACCACUACUCACUGUUAACCAGCCAGCCCUUGGACCGAGAGACCACAUCACACUAUAUCAUCGAGCUGCGGGCCAGUGAUGCUGGCUCACCUCCCCUGCACACAUAUCUUACCAUCAGACUCAACAUCUCAGACAUUAAUGACAAUGCACCCCACUUCACCCAGCAGCUCUACACUGCUUACAUCCCAGAAAACCGGCCCCCAGGCUCUCUUCUAUGCACUGUGGCCGCCUUGGACCCAGACACUGGGGAUAAUGCCCGCCUCACCUACUCCAUUAUAGGGAGUCAGAUUCAGGGAGCUCCUGCCUCCUCCUUUGUAUAUGUCAACCCUGAGGAUGGGCGGGUCUUUGCCCAGCGUACCUUUGACUAUGAACUGCUGCAGAUGCUGGAGAUCGUGGUGGGGGUUCGAGACUCUGGCUCUCCCCCACUGCAUGCCAAUACAUCUCUGCAUGUGUUUGUUCUGGACCAAAAUGAUAACGCUCCAGCUGUGCUGCACCCCCGGCCUGGUCGAGAACUCUCAGCCCCUCAGCGUCUCCCUCGUUCUGCCCCUCCUGGCUCCUUAGUCACCAAGGUGACAGCCGUGGAUGCAGAUGCAGGCCACAAUGCAUGGCUCUCCUAUUCACUGUUGCCACAGUCCACAGCCCCAGGACUGUUCCUCAUCUCUGCACACACUGGUGAGGUGCGCACAGCCCGGGCCUUACUGGAAGAUGACUCUGAUAUCCAACGGGUCGUGGUCCUGGUGAGGGACAAUGGUGACCCUUCACUCUCCUCUACAGCCACAGUGCUGCUGGCUCUGGAGGAUGAGGACCCUGAGGAAAUGCCCAAAUCCAGCGACUUCCUCACACACCCACCUGAGCGUUCAGACCUUACUCUUUACCUCAUUGUGGCCCUAGCGGCUGUCAGUCUGUUAUCCUUAGUCACCUUCACUUUUCUGUCAGCUAAAUGCCUUCGUGGGCACGCAGAUGGGGACGGGGGUGGAGGGCAGUGCUGCAGGCGCCAAGAGUCUCCCUGCCGGGACUUCUAUAAGCAGUCCAGCCCCAACCUGCAGGUGAGCUCGGAUGGCACGCUCAAGUACAUGGAGGUGACGCUGAGGCCCACAGACUCGCAGAGCCAUUGCUACAGGACGUGCUUUUCGCCAGCCUCGGACGGCAGUGACUUCACCUUUCUAAGGCCCCUCAGCGUCCAGCAGCCCUCAGCUCUGGCGCUCGAGCCUGAGGUCUUCCGGUCCCGCUCUAAUACUCUGCUGGAGCGGAGCCAGCAAGCCCCGCCCAACACGGACUGGCGUUUCUCUCAGGCCCAGAGACCUGGCACCAGCGGCUCCCAAAAUGGUGAUGAAACCGGCACCUGGCCCAACAACCAGUUUGACACAGAGAUGCUUCAAGCCAUGAUCUUGGCCUCUGCCAGUGAAGCUGCUGAUGGGAGCUCCACCCUGGGAGGGGGCGCCGGUACCAUGGGCUUGAGUGCCCGAUAUGGGCCCCAGUUCACUCUGCAACACGUGCCCGACUACCGCCAGAACGUCUACAUCCCUGGCAGCAAUGCUACACUGACCAACGCAGCUGGCAAGCGGGAUGGCAAGGCCCCGGCAGGUGGCAAUGGCAAUAAGAAGAAGUCGGGAAAGAAGGAGAAGAAGUAAUGCAGAGGCCAGGCCUAGAGCCACAGGGCUGCCUCCCUCCCCAACCAGUCCAGCCUCUCCCUACCUGUACCCAGGCCUCAGAAUUUCAGGGCUACCCCCAUGAUGCUGGUAGGGGCCAAGGCCACGCACCUCUUGGGAAACAGAAAUAAGUGCCCAGUCAACAUCCCCCUCCUCUGCCCCCAGGGGGUUAAAUAUGCAAAGGGUGUUCUGCUGAGAACCCCCAUCCAAUCAAUUGCUGUGCCCAUGGGGAUGGUGAGGUUAGUGUAGAAAAAGAGAACCAUUUAUCACAUCCCCUUUAGUUACAGCUGAACUCCUCCAUCUUCCAAAUUCAAUCAGGCCAUCCGUCCCCUGCUCCCCCCCUCCCUAUCCCACUCCACUCCACUUCUUCAACAGCUCCUCUCUCUUAAGAUGGUUGGAGUAUUGAGGUACCAGGUGACCUAAAAAAGCUCAUAGUUCUGAAGAGUUGGAAGGGUAUUGUGGGUCCUUGGCAACUCCUUCAACUCUCAAACUUCUCCCAAAACAUGGUUUGGUGCCAGUCCCUUCAUCUCCUUCCAGAGUCUGAGACCAAGCUCAAGUUUUGGGGUACAUGGUCACCAUUCCCAUGGUACUGUUGUAUGCUGGAUUUAGGGAAGGCAUUUUGCUGCCAAGCCUUUUCCCAACACCUUGGGGACCAGUCUUUUGUUUUGUUUUUCAUUGUCUGGUGUUCCCACUGCAUGCUGUGACUCCUGAUGCCCCCAAACAAGAGACUCCAUUGCAUGUUCCAAGACAGUAUGGGGUGGUAAGAUGACGAGGGAAAGGGUGUGUUUAUGUGGAUGGGGGGAGAGGGGAUGGAAAAAGCAUGACCUAUCAGUUAACAGGGUCCUACAGGAGACUCUGUAUAUCCCCAGGGCACUGACCAGGUCCUCAAAUUCCAUCAUAAACCAAGUACCAUUCUGAAACCCCACUCCCACAUAUAGGGCUCAUACCAGGCAGCAGACUUUGGGUUGAGUUACCAGGACCAAUAGAUUUAAACUGGCAUUACAAUCCAAGGAAACUCUGAGCGAGUGCAGGACCAGGUCUCCUGGAGAGGUCAGAAGGGCCUCUGUGGGUGCUGGGUACUCCAGAGGUGCCACUGGUGAAAGAGUCCAGUGGCGUGGCACCGCAGCAGAGAGGAGGCCCAAUUAGACCUGGGUUGGGGAGGCAAGGAGCAAGCGCAAGGUUAAGUGAACAGAAAGCCUCAGCCCAGAAUCGGGACUUCUCCACAGUGCCCCUGCAUUCCCCAAGGUCCUUCACCUUGCCAGGUGCCAUUUUUUUUCUCUGUGAAGGCCACUGUCCAGGCCCCCAGUCCACUCCCCAGUGGCCAGAGCCUGGUUAAAGUUCCCCCAGUGCCUCCUUGUGUAUAGACCUUCCUUUGCCCACCCCUUUCUGCUCCUGGAGCCCCGUUCAUCCAGCGGGGCUGCGAGAGAACCCCACCCUCGCCCUUCCAGUAGUGUAUAGUCCCCUUCCUCUUCAGGCUGCUGUAGAAUAGCCAAUAGUGUAGUGCGGUGUGCUUCUUACGUGAUGGCGAGUGGGCAGCGGGCGGCGGGCUCUGCGCAGCCGUCUGCCCUUGAACCUGCCUGCGGAGGCCCGUGCUGUGUUUUGUGCUGUGUCCACGUGCUGCGGCAACCCUCUUCCCUGUACUGACUCCUUCUAUAAGCGCUUCUCUUCGCAUAGUCACAUAGCUCCUCACCCCACCUCCUAUCUGUGUCUCACGCAAGUUUUAUACUCUAAUAUUUAUAUGGCUUUUUUCCUUUGAAAAAAAAAAUAAUAAAAUGGUUUCUUCUGAAAA